CGGCUUUAGCCCUGAAAAACCUGGGGAAAUAAAGACUUGUCGUCCUGCUCUGAAUCCCCGCAAUUUCUGGGGCCCACUUCGCUCCGUUUUGACCUCCUAGUAGUAACCUAGGGAAAAGGACAUUGCAUUUUCUAACACAGUACAGUGGGGAUUCGUCUCCACAUAGGCUGAGCGCAUGUCGACUCCGCCGCUCACCCCGGAGCAACUAGCUCAGCUCCCUCAUGACGACAGGGGCCCCGCCCUCCUCGCUGUGCACUGGGUCCUAACAGGCCUGGCUGUAAUCUUUCUAGGCCUCCGUCUAUACUGCAAGCGCAUCACUAACCGGCGCCUCUUGUGGGAUGACUGGAUAUUAAUGGCUGCUUUGCUCACCAUCCUCGUCACGGAUAUCCUGACUACAAUUCUGGUCAUCGAAUUCGGGCUGGGCCGGCAUAGCUGGGAUCUCAAGAUCUACGACCUGUCCAAGUUCAUAAUCCUCAUCAGUUCCCGGGCGACAUUCACUCUCAUAUCCAUCGGGUGGAGCAAGACGGCAUUUGCGGUAGCUCUCCUGAGGCUCACGACCGGCUUGACCAGAAGCUCCGUCUGGUUCAUCAUCAUAUCCCUGAACAUCACGACGAUAAUUAGCGCCCUCGUCCCCUGGAUACAGUGCGCACCACUGGCUAAGACGUGGGAUCCAGCCAUACCGGGGACUUGUUGGGCUCCUAAGGUGGGGACCAAGAUUUGGAUUGGCAUGGGAGGUUUGUUCAUAUUCUUUCCUUCGCUUUUCGCAGUUAUUUCUGCCGCGCCGUCGAAAAUGCAACAACUAAUUUGACUCUCGCGUUCAGCAUAUUCCGCGGUCCUGGACUUCGUCCUGGCCGCUCUACCAUGGACAUAUCUCUAUCGUGUUCUCCUGAGGAAAAAGGAGAAGCUU